CUGCCCUUCCAACGCCUCGUCCGCGAAAUCGCUCAGGACUUCAAGACUGAUCUGCGCUUCCAGUCUUCUGCUGUGAUGGCCCUCCAGGAAGCUUCUGAAGCCUACCUUGUCGGUCUCUUCGAGGACACCAACCUGUGUGCCAUUCACGCCAAGCGUGUCACCAUCAUGCCAAAGGACAUUCAGCUUGCUCGCCGUAUCCGUGGAGAACGUGCAUAA